CCUUCUAAGCGCGACAUUCGAUGAGCUUGAUCCAGAACCAAGACAUGGGCACUAGUCUUCCAGCUUCACCAACAUCGUCUUCGUCCUCCUCCCUCUUUGCAGCCGUAGACAUGGGCACCAACUCCUUCAAGCUCCUCAUUGUCAAUGCCGACAGAUCUGGCAAAUUCCUCACCCUCAGCCACCUCAAAGAGUCCAUCCUCCUCGGCCUCAGCUCCACCCCAACAACCCCAUUUGCCCUUCAAACCCUCCAAGGCUUCCAAGCAAUCUUAUCCUCUCACCAUGUCAUUCGCAGCCAUACUCGCUGUGUUGCCACUGCAGCAACACGUGAGGCAGCUAAUAGAAAUGAGUUUGUUCGGUGUGUCAAGGAAAAGACUGGUCUUGAAGUUGAGGUGUUGUCUGGUGAGGAGGAAGCCAGACUUGUGUACCUGGGUGUGCUUCAAUUCCUGCCAGUUUUUGGGAAAUCGGUGUUGGUUAUAGAUAUUGGUGGCGGGUCUACUGAGUUUGUUGUUGGGAAGGGAGGGAAAGUUAGUUUUGGGGCUUCAUUGAAGUUGGGGCACGUGAGUUUGACUGAAAAGUUUGUGAAACAUGGCCUUGUUGGGCAAAUGAGGGAGUAUGUUAGAUUGGUUAUACGAGAAUCUGGGGUGGUAGAGAAAAUCAAGGAGUGUGGGUUUGAGAUGGUAGUUGGGUGUUCUGGUACGGUUCGUGCAAUUGAGAAGGCUGUGUUUUGUGGGUACGCUAAAAGUGAUGUGUUUGGGAAUGAUAAUGUGGUUUUGUUUGGGGAGUGCAAGAGGGAUUGGACUUGGGGGUUUACUAGAGGGGAAUUGAGGGGUUUGGUUGAGAGGAUAUGUGAGGGAGGGGAGGAAGAGAAGGUGAGGAGAGAGGGAAUGUUUAAGAGCCGGUCGGAGUUUAUUGUGGCGGGGGCGGUGUUGUUGGAGGAAAUAUUUGAGGUGAUUGGGAUUGCGGAAAUGGAGGUUUCUGGAUAUGCAUUGGGGGAGGGUGUUAUUGCUGAGAGUUUAGCAAAGGUGUAUGGUGGCUAUGAUUUGAAUGCCAAUGGAAGGUGGAGGUCUGUUGUGUGGCUUACUACAAGGUUUAAUAGCAAGAAGAGGAUGAGAGCUGCUGCUCAGUGUGCUGGGAUUGCAAAGGAGAUUUUUGAAGGCUUAAGAAAAUAUGAAGAGGUUGCUGCCUCCUUGGAUGAGAAGGAAUUUGAAUAUCUUGAAGCUGCCUGUUUGCUUCACAAUAUUGGCCUUUUCACUGGCAAAAAGGGUUACCAUAAGCAGACUUAUCGUAUAAUCAUGGAUGGUGGUCAUCUUCAUGGUUAUAGUACUGAGGAGGUCAAGUUAAUAGCGUUACUCACAAGACAUCACCGGAAGAAAUUUCCAAAAUCUGAUCAUGCUUCUUUAAAGGAAUUCUCUAAAGAAGAAAAGCAGAAAUUCCGAUCUCUUUGUGCAAUUGUACGUGUUUCUGUAGCAUUGCAGCAGCAUCAAUGCGUAAACAUUCAAAAAAUGGCUUUUUCACAUUCUCAUGGAGGUUUCAAACUGGAAAGCAGUGUUCUAAAUGAUCAAAAUCUGCUGCCUACUACCAUACAACCUUUAAUUGGGGACAGUUUUCCAGAAGUAAGGCAAGAGUUAGAAAACUUUAAAAAGGUAUUUCAACAAGAAUUGUCAGUAGUAGUUCAUUCAAGCACUUCAGAAUCAUCGCAGCCAUAAGAAUACUUGUGCAGGAGGCAUCCAUUACUCUCAAUCUGCUGCUAAAGAUGAUACAACCUAUAUAGGGGAUCCCAUUGAUGGUUCAAUGUUUUCGUCUUAAAAAUAAGCUGUAGUUGACUUUUGAACUAUGGAAGAAUAGUUUUGUUGCUAGUAGGAGCACUUCAGUGGACCCUGGGCAGAGAGAGAUAUUGGGAACAAAUAUCAGCAUCAACUGGGUUUGUGGCCCAAGUGGCGUGGAUUAAGUGAAAGAAAGCAUGAACUUAAAAAAUUGAAGACAUAAUGCACGUGCCCUGUGACCAAUGGCACUUCUUAUCAUCAUCCUCUUGUCCAGCGUCCCUCUAGGAGUCGCCUGGAUUGAUGAUCCAGAGAUUCGGCAUUUCGAUGAAGAUGCCCGGGUGCACAUUUGUUUUGAUUAGUAGUGCUUAGCUGAAGAUUACUCUUGAGAUGUGUGUACGUUUGUUUCGAUUAGUAGUGCUUAGCCGAAGAUUACUCUUGAGAUGUGUACAGCUUUUGGGAUAGGCACUGUAUAGUGAGGCCAAGGAUCAAGAUGGCGGAGACCCCUCUUGGGUAGCAUAGUUCCUUUUCUUUUGGCCCUUAGAUUUUUUUGAUUAUAUGUUAUGCAGUGUAUUUGAAUCUCCGGCCACUUUUGUAGUGCAUAUAUAUGAUAAAUAUCAAGGUUUUAAGUAUUA